AUGGAAACAACACUAGCAAUCGAACGCGCCCAAUGCUCUGAGAGCUUGGAACAAUACGGAUACAGACUCGAUGCCUACCUUGGUGAAGGAGCCUGUGGCAAAAUCUACUCAUGUGAGAGAAUUUCGGAUAAUUUAAUGCUUGCUGUGAAAAUUAUUCGAAAGGACAAUUCAAACAAAUUCCUCGAGCGAGAAAUAUCUGUAAUGAAGAGUCUCCAUCAUGACAACAUUGUAAAUUUACAUAAUGUUGUUGAAACACACGACAAGUAUUACUUGAUUAUGGAUUUAGCUAGUCAAGGUGAUCUAUUAGAAUUUGUUGGUCUUCACGGUUCCCUAAAUUCCGAGAAGUCCAAGAAAAUCUUCAGACAAAUUGUUGCUGCAGUUUCCCACUGUCAUCAACAAGGAAUCGCUCACCGAGAUUUGAAGCUAGAAAAUAUCCUCUUGACCCAGACGAGUCAGGUCAAGUUAGCUGAUUUUGGAUUCAGCCGACAAAUGACAACCAGUGAUCUUUUCAGCCAGACAUUCUGUGGUAGUGUAGCUUACACUGCUCCUGAAGUCUUACAGGGAAAGAAGUACAGCCCAUUCCAGUCAGAUGUCUGGAGCAUGGGAGUCCUUUUAUAUGCCAUGUUUGUUGGUCGAUUACCAUUCGACGAUUCAAAUGUGACAAGAAUGGUUCGAUCGCAAUUGAAGCAAUUGAUCCCACUUUCAGCGGACAUGAACAGUGAGUUAAAGCAGCUAAUUUUACAGAUGCUUAAUCCUGAAGUCGAACAGAGGAUAACAUUGGAGGAAAUCCGAAAAUCCGAGUGGCUUAAGGAGUAA